UCGCUCCGUACGGUCUUCUCUUUGUCUUCCGCGAGAAGCUUCCCCCUCUUGUGUUUUCUUAUCCUUCUUCUUCAUUAAGCCCCAAAGCCACAAAGCUUGUUGUGGAGAUGUUCUUAUAGCGAUCGAAUGCUUCGGAAUCCUUAUAGGGUUCUUGAUAUUUCCGAUUGACGUCACUUCUGGGUGGAUUUAGUUGUGGUAGAGAGCAGGUGGGGAUUUGGACGGCUCGAGGUAGGGUUCCGUAGCUUCGACUUGUGGUGGUGGUAGCCGAUGAUUCGCCCGGGGAAGCUGCCGGUGGGGUUCCGUUUCCACCCCACGGAUGCGGAGCUCGUCAGCCACUACCUCAGGGGUAAGAACACUGGCCGGAUCAAGCCCCACGACGAUGUCAUCCCCGAGAUCGACGUCUGCAAGUGCGAACCCUGGGAUCUCCCAGGUAAGUCCUUGAUCGAGUCGGACGAUCCCGAGUGGUUCUUCUUUGCGCCCAGGGACAGGAAGUACCCGAAUGGGCUCCGGUCCAAGCGGGCCACCGAGGCUGGGUACUGGAAGGCGACGGGGAAGGACCGCGUCAUCCGGUCCAAGGCCACCGCAGCCGCCGCCGCCGCCCCCAUCGGCAUGAAGAAGACCCUCGUCUUCCAUCGCGGCCGCGCUCCCAACGGCGUGCGCACCAACUGGAUCAUGCACGAGUACCGCACCACCGAGCCGGAAUUCGAGGCCGGUGAUCAGGGUGGUUAUGUUCUUUAUCGCUUAUUUAAGAAACCGGAAGAAAACUGUUCAAGCUCCAAUAUUGAUGAAAUGGAGCCAGGUGGUUUCUCUCCGACUACAAAUAAAUACUCCCCGGAUGAUACCAAAUACUUUCCAGAUGAUACCCAACGGGAAACAUAUGCUACGGAAGAAAUUGGAACUCCACGGAACCAUGGAUCUCCAAAAUCAGAUGUACCAGAAGAAUCUGAAUCGUUAGCUGAUCCUGUUGAAAAGCAACCAGAUGCUAGCAAUAAACGUCUUGCUGAUAUGCCUGAUCAUUCAACAAAUUACUCUGCACAUCCUGAUGAGCGUUGCUGCUAUUUGGCUCUACAUGAUCAAGAGGCUGAAGACGGACAGAAGUUUGACAAUCUGCAAGAUGUUCUGGACCAGUUAUGCGACCCAGGGUGCCAGCCAAUAGACUAUGAUAAUUUUCCAAACAUCAGUUCUCCGAUGUUGCCUUACACAGACUAUCCUUUUUUUGGUGAUAUCAAUAAUGAAUUAUUUCCUGUUGAUAAUGCUGAACAAGAUUCUCUGAAUGAUUACUUGAAAGCAGAGCUCAACAGAGAACGGUGUUCAUUAAUACAGAGUGCGGCAACUAUGCAAUCUUCGGAUUGGUUAUGUGGAACGUCUAAUCAGUCUACUAAUCCAGCGCCUCAGUUGAACACCGAAAAUGCAAGUCUGCCUCCUUAUCAUGGCCCUGCAGGAGUCUAUUCAGUUGUGCCUACUUCACAAUCCUUGCAAGGUUUGUUUAAUAGCACGGAGAACACAAGCAACCGGGAGACUGUUGCUGGAGAUGGUAAUAACUUUGAGGAGAUUGGAAUCGAGAUCAGAUCUCGUGGGCUCCAGCUACUUCCAAAUCCAGAUGAUGUAUCUACAACUCAGGGAACUGCAGCAAGAAGGAUUCAUUUGCAAAGUCCAGUCGCAAACAUGCCUUUGCCUAGUUUUGAUGGUGAAUUUAACAUCAGUAAAUGCGAUCACAAAAACAGGGAGGCAACAUUAAAGGAAUUGCAGGUAUUAUGUUCUGAUAGCAGAAAAGAAUCGGCUUUGGUGAAAUAUAAAAUGCACAACAUGGGGAGAGGUACCAAUAUUGGCACUCGGCAAGUACACCACCCUCCAAUUGCAAACAAAUCUGCAAAAAUGGGUACAGCAGCAAGAGGAAUCCGUUUGCGACGCGGAUGCAAAGUUAAGUUACUUUUCAGUACGAAACAUAAAUCAAGCAGUUGUGAAAGCCACAAACACAUGGUGGCAAUUAUGAAGACCACAGACCAUUUUCUGCAGGCAGUUGUGCAUGCAAUUAACGUCACGGCUGAAGUUAGGAAGAUUCUCGGGUCCACUCUUCUGGACAAACUUGACAAGUUAUUAGUUCAUGAUAGAACACCACCGGACUCUUCAGAUGCCUAUGAACUUUCUAAACCUGUGUUGAGGAAGAGAACAAAACCGACGAUUGGCCAUGAGAAUACGUCUAAAGGCUUCCCUGCUUGGCCAAAGCCACCAAGAGGCCACCCCGUUGAUCGCUCACUCCCGUGGCCCGUCUACGUCGGCCACUUCGUCGACCACAUCAAGCUUGCCGUCUCCAUGGCGCUCUUCUACCUUGGCCUCAGCUCCUCUUGCGAGGACUACUUCGUCUACCCGCUGCAGCUCGCCGUCUCCAUGGCCCUCUUCUACCUCGGCCUCAGCUCCUCCUACGAGGACUACUUCAUCUUCCCGCUGCAGCUCGCCGACCUGCCCUCCUCCCUGCCUCUUCUAUUAACCCCGCCUUCCGUCAUCAAGGCCAGCCUCCCCGUCGUGAGGUUCUCCAGCCUCGGGACGAGCUCGCUCCAAGGAGGAGACGACGCCAUCUGCGCGGUGUGCCUGGGGCGCCUGGAAGCGAGGCACGAGGUCAGGGAGCUCGGCAACUGCCCUCACGUCUUCCACAAGAGGUGCAUCGAUAAGUGGGUGGACAUCGGGCAGGUCACCUGCCCACUGUGCCGAGCUCAGCUGCUGCCCAUGGGAAGGGACGAGGAGGAUCGAUGGAUUGGCUGCUGAUCCCUCAGCAUCAUGAAGCACCUUCCGGACGUGGUAAUUCGACUCACCGGUGAAGCUAUCAUUUGCUCUCUACUUGGCUGUUCAAAUAAUGGUGUAAUUAAUUGUACAUGGAAAGAAAAAAGGAAAAAAAAAAAGGUUGAUAAUAGUCGGAUUGGCGAAAGGCAGUAAGUAACAAAGAGAUGUUGGUGGUUAACUUUGGCCUCACUCCAAACUGUUCUUCUAGCUCUCGUCUUCUUCACCAUGUUGUAGUCAUGGUUUGGGUCUCAAACUAUAUUACUUUCCAGUUUCAUUCAGGAGGGGAAGAAGUGAAUAAAAAGAAGGAAAGGGCUAUUUGUUCUUUUCA